AUGCGACCGAGGCUCAGUUCAGCCGACCCAUCAUCCCACCAACACUUCCAGAAUCUCUCCUCUCCCUCCCUCGACGUUCACCACGACUGCACUGCUCAACCUGGAGGGACGGGGCACAUGGACGAUGACCGUCGCAGUGCAGAUGGACAUCCCGACAUUGUGCGCGAUGUCUUUGCUCAUCUUGCCCAGACAGACAUCCUCUUCAAGAAGAUCGCUUCAGCACAGGAUGGAUGCAUAGACGCCUCGGCCCUGGCUGCCAGGCGAAGGCUGCGCAGAUUGGUGGAUUCGACUCGAUCAAGCGGCUUCGCGGACGAUGCAUCAGCUGCGCUCGACGUUGCGCUCGCCAGCCUCACCACAUUGACACGACUGUGCGAUCACAAGUUCGUCGCCUACAGCUACAGCAGCAUUCCGAUCGUCUGGAGGGCAAUUUAUGUGCAUGUACAGCUCCUCAAGGCAUGCUGUACUCUCAUACCUCGAUCCAGCCGCAAUACAGAAGAGGAGUCCAAUCGUCUCCAGCUUUGUAUCCGCGACCUGGAUCUCGCCCUGAUCGUCGCUGGCGCUGCUUCGAUCGGCGAGGAUCAAACCUGCCAUGACCUGAUCUCGGCGCUGCAACAACGUCUCCUCGAUCUGCCAAGGGAAGACCAUACAAUCCCAUCGAGACCUCAAAAUCAAGACGGUGACCCCCCUCUGGCUAAACGCAGGCGGCUCCUCGACUUAGACACGGACAACGUACAGUUCGAGGCGCGCGCACAGGCCGAUUCGAGCAUUCCCGAGUAUUCUUCCGAUCAGGCACCUUCGUUUAUGGACCUGGCCGACCCCCACUCGCUUCAUCGCGCAAAGCCUUUCGUCGUUCGAGCUUUCGCUCAGAAUGCCGGCUGGCCAGCCGUGCAGCCUUCUUGCCAUCGAUCUUGGUCUUCGGCAGAGCACCUCAUUUCGGUGGCAGGUCCAGCAAGAGUAGUCCCCGUCGAGGUAGGUGCCAACUACGCACGCCAAGACUGGGGCCAGGACAUGAUCCUUUGGGACGACUUUCUCAAACACUGCCACUGGGACACGUCUCUGACACCGGAUCCGAAGCGCAGCCCAAGGAACACUUCGAACGCGCAUCUGCCUGUGCUCUACAUGGCCCAGCACGAUCUGGCAAGCCAGUUUCCUGCCCUUUCGCAAGACUUCUACUUGCCAGAAUACGUCUAUACAUCGCCACCGCCACCGCCAGACUGGCCAGACUAUGCACCGCCAGCAACGCCGGACGGCGCCAUCACGAAUGUGUGGAUCGGACCGGCAGGCACCGUGUCUCCCCCGCACUUUGAUCCCUUCUACAACUGUUUUGUGCAGGUGGUAGGCCACAAAGAAGUCUGGGUGGCCCCUCCAAUCUGCCGCCCCAUCAGAACAAGGACUGCGGCGGGCUUACAGACUGCUGAUUCGACCGAAAAAAGCAACGAUGCUGACGCACGCGCCGAGUCUAGCGUCACCGACACACUAAUGUCCAACACAUCCGACGUCGAUGUCUUCGGGACCGACGAAGUAGUUGCCUCCCAAGUGCGCUCCGCCGCGUUCCGCUCGGUGUUCGGGCCGGGAGACCUGCUCUACCUGCCGCCGGGGUGGUGGCAUUCGUUGCGCAGCCUCACCCGAAGCGCGUCUGUCUCGACAUGGUUCUGA